AUGAUGUGCCCGCACACAUACAAUGCCCUCAGGUGUCUCGACGAAAAGUGGCCAAGCAUCGUGCUGAAGUGGCUCACAGCCCAGUUAAACCGUUGGGACAGAGCGAAGGAGGCUGCUGUUUCUGCAGCCUCCGAGGAGCCGGGCCUGCCCGAGCUGAACCUUUCCGCGCAGCUGCGGAACGAACUCGCAGAGGCAAGGGCAAAUGCAAAACUGCGAGAUGAGUUGAAUGAGGCCAACCUGAGACUUGCGGACCAGUUGACAGAGGCAAAUGCCAACCUUAGGGAAGAGCUCAUUGAGGUGAAAGUCGAAUUGCUCACCGUGCGUGAGGGGCGUGGCUUACACCAAGAAGAGCUGGAGGCUGAAAAGCAGGCCUUCACCCAUGAGUUGCACCAACUUCAACGGAGCAUCCGCAAUGAGAUGGCCGCCCAGACAAUUUCCAGCUCUUCCCAGUCUCAGGCCUCAACGGUGCCCUCGGCAAAGCUACGUGAAGAGCAUGAGCAGGCUCUCCAAGAUCUGCGUGCAGCAAAGAGGGCUGAAGCUUCUGCACGUCAGGACCUGGAGAAGCAGCGGAGUGAGAUGCGCAAGCUCCGCGAGGCUCAUCAAAUGGACAUGGAUGCGCUGGCUGCAGAACUACAGCAGUUCCAGGAGGAGCACGGCCAGCUGGAGGGACAGCUCCGCACCAAAGAGGAGCGAGAACCUGCACUGCGGGCAAGGCUUGAAGCAGCACAGGCCCAAGUCCUGGAGGAGACCCCUGAAACCCUGGGAGACUGGGAUGGAGGGGCUGCACUUUUCUUACUAAAGCCAUAA